UGGGGCCCCCGGGGCAAUAGUGGAUCAUGGGGCCCCUGUGUCCUUGCCCAAACUCAAAAAAGCCUAUCAAAAAGAAUAUUUUAUGGGUACAAGAACGGCUGCAAACACGCGCAGGCUUUCCCACUUGAUGAAAGUUUAAAGUUGGGAGCAGGCGCGGACUGCCAACUCAUGGGGGGCCGGGCAAUAGGGGAACAUGGGGCCCCUGUGUCCUUGCCCAAACUCAAAAAAGCCUAUGAAAAAGGUACCAGGGGCAUCUCAUGGGGCCCCCUACUGACCCCGGGCCCUCGAGCAGUGCCCGAGUUUCCAAAUGGUCAGUCCGCCCCU